AUGUCAGUGGAUUUAUCAAUUGAUAUCUCUAAUCUCAAGGAUUCAAAAACCGAAAUGCAUGAAAAUGUUCAAAAGUUACCGAUUAUUUCUACGUUCGAGGAGAACAAAAAAUUGAAAACUGACAUAUUGAUCUUGCAAUCUAAAGUUUCCGCCUUCGAAACGCGAUUCAAUAUUGCAAAGGAAAGUUCGUGCAAAAAUGUUCAAGAGGUUUUAGAAGAUUAUGCAAGACUCAAAAUGCUGGAAAAUGGGAUUUCCGAAAAUGAGGAUGAUAUCAAAAAGCUGAAAAAGGAGUUGCUUGAUGCAAAAGCGAAAAAUGAAGAGCUUGAGAAGAAGAUUGAACAACUGACAAUGAAUUCUGUAGAUCGACGACAACUUGGGGAAAAUAAUGCAAAAAAAGAACUCGGAUUGAUUGAUGAAAGAGAACAAGUGGAAGAGAGAUUGGAGAAGGGAUUUGAUUGCAUUGUGAGUUCACCAAAUAAUUAUUUCAUUUUUAGAGCGCAACAAUUUUUCAAUUUGACUAUUUGCAGAGUCAAACCGCCGAAGUUCAAUUGUCAAAUUCACAACAUUUUAUGGAUCAAAUCAAAUAUGUAGCUUCGGCCCUCAACACAAUUUUGGACAAUUUGAAAUCAAAUGAUUCAACUGGUCAAGAUGAAAUAUCUCGAGAACACUUUUCGAUGCUAUACGAAAACUUGACGAAAUAUAUUACCGCCCCCCUACCCGUUGAAACAUGUUCUUCAAAUAAAAUCGAAAUUCCAAGAUCUAAUGAUGAAACAGAAGACUCUAACCCGAUCUUCUCUUCGACUCCUCUAACCAAUUGCUCAUCUCGAAAUCUCAAGAAAUCUCAACAACAAAUCUCAAAUCUCAACUAUUCUCCGGAACAUUCUGCACUUUCCACAAGUUCAAACACUUCAUUUGAAUUCCAAGAAUUUAGCCUAAAUAUUUCGAAAUUUUUGAGAGACUGCGGUGUGGAUGGUGGUGGAAUUCCGGUGAACUUAUUCGAAAAGGAAAAAAGAUUGCGUCGGAAGGGAGUGCCAAUCGCAGUAUAUAGACAUGUUUCGACGUGAGUUUUGAUCAAAUUAUCCAGUAAAAUGUUUUCCAUCUUUCAGAUAUUGGCUAGACAUUCCGGAUGUUCACAUACCACAUUUUUGUAAUUUGGUCUCAUCAUUUUUUGAUAUUCAGUAUGAUAGUUUCAAGAGGAGCAUUGAGAAGCAUGUUUCAAACAAUUAUGAUUCGUUGAAUAUUUGUUGA